AAAAUAAAUCUGCAGAGUCUCCCGGAAGCUGCCCCAUCAGCCUCAUAGACAAGAAGCCUGGUUCUCCUGCACUGCUACAGAAAUGUCUUCCUCCUCCUCCUCCUCUGGCUCAUCGGGAUCAAAGUCUUUUUCGUUCUUAGCUGGUUUUCCUUAGAGAAAAGCUGGAGAUCGGAGUUCAGUCCAGAGAGGGUGACUUCUUGAGGGCAGGCCUGGAGGCGUGGCGCGCCAGUCCACUCCGCAGCCGGGGGAGAGCAGCGCCCCUGCUCUCUGCGCCGCGCAAGUCCGCCAGUAGCGCCGAGAAAUCCGUUACCAGGCGGCUGUGUCCCCAAGGGCCAUUCAGGGAGGAAGGGAACAGGGAAAACCGCUGUGUUGUUUCCCGGGCCCUGUGGGCUGGGUGGGCGGCGGGUCAGGUUACAGACAGGUGGGGCUGGCUGUUGGGUGAGCUGCGGGCUCCAGGGCAUCCCUGGCCAGGCGUGCCCCCGCAGCACCCGGCAGCUGGCACACGUCUGACGACCUCCUGGAGCAGGGCGAUCGCAGCGACACUGGAGGCUGUGCCGGUUGUCCUGGGCGCACCCGAACAAGACAUAAAGGUUGAUCGGAACAGACAGAUGUAAUAAUAAAUGCAAAGCUUGCCUCCCUCCCCCGGUAGGGACGGCGAAAAGAUGUAGCCAAUGUUCACUAUGGUGGCUUCCUGGAAAGCGGGGAGCAGCCGGGAGGAGGGGGCCGCAGCCGGGAGAGGGGACCCCACCAUGCCCAAAGUCUUCCUGGUGAAGAGGAGGAGCCUGGGGGUCUCGGUCCGCAGCUGGGAUGAGCUCCCGGAUGAGAAAAGGGCAGACACCUACAUCCCAGUGGGCCUGGGCAGCCUGCUCCACGACCCUCCCGAGGACUGCCGCAGCGACGGCGGCAGCAGCAGCGGCAGCGGCAGUAGCAGCGCGGGCGAGCCCGGAGGCGCCGAGAGCAGCUCGUCCCCGCACGCCCCCGAGCGCGAAACCCCCGAGCCAGGCGACGCCGAUGGCCCCGAAGGACACCUGGCGGCCAAGCAGCGCCCGGUUGCCAGGUCAAAAAUCAAGUUCACUACAGGCACGUGCAGCGACUCGGUGGUUCACAGCUGCGACCUGUGUGGCAAGGGCUUCCGCCUGCAGCGCAUGCUCAACCGUCACCUCAAGUGCCACAACCAGGUGAAGAGACACCUGUGCGCCUUCUGCGGCAAGGGCUUCAAUGACACCUUCGACCUGAAGAGGCACGUCCGCACGCACACAGGCAUUCGUCCCUACAAAUGCAAUGUCUGCAAUAAAGCCUUCACUCAGCGCUGUUCCCUGGAGUCCCACCUGAAGAAAAUCCAUGGGGUGCAGCAGCAGUAUGCCUAUAAGCAGCGGCGGGACAAGCUCUACGUCUGCGAGGAUUGCGGCUACACGGGCCCCACCCAGGAGGAACUGUACCUGCACGUGAACAGUGCCCACCCGGGCAGCUCGUUUCUCAAAAAGACAUCUAAAAAACUGGCGGCCCUUUUGCAGGGCAAGCUGACAUCCGUACACCAGGAGAAUACCAGCCUGAGUGAGGAGGAGGAGAGGAAGUGAGAAGGAAGGGAGGACAGACGUUCACACUGCCAUGUAUGUCUACGUGGAUUUUUGGUUUUCAGCAUCCCCCACCCCACUGGCUCUUCUUAAUUAGAAAUGUCCAGUUCACCUCUGUGUCCUUUUGGAACAUCAGCAAUCGGAUCCGUUCCAAGAUUGUCAGUUACCGUAGUGCCGUCAGGCCCUGUAACCCGUGUCCUGUCUGGUGCACUUGCUCACAUUCACCAAAGUUUGUUUUCCGCGAUCCUGAUAGCCAAGAACACCAUGCGGGACUUUUUUUUUUUCUUUUCCAAGGAUUUUCACACAUGGAGGGAGAGGUAUUUCUUAGAGCAAUCAUCAUUUUAUGGUGCCUUGAAAUAAAAAUACUUCUACUUGAAAUGCUGUUUAAGCAAGGAAAAUGAAUUUUGUUAUUCUGAAAGAGUUUACAGAAAUUAUUUUAAUAAAUGAAAUGUUCUUGUGAAGCUUUCAAAGGCCAAGUGAAACAUUGA